AUGAACGGCUUCAUCCUAACCGUAACUCCUUCUCCCAGGGCGUUCAUGGCUCAUGAUGGUCUUAUCACAUAUGUUCUACAACCUUCACAAGAUGAUAUGUUUGCAUUGGCUGAUCUUCCAGGACCCAUCCCUGUUGAAUUCCACUGUGCCAGAUCUGACAGUGUGUUUUCAGAAGACAGUGCUGGUAUGGGUACCGUGUGCAUUUCUGUGGAUGGCGUCCCUCUUCUACAUCCAGCAUAUGAAAAAAUUUUUACGGGUCUGCUUAUUUUUAUUCCACUUGUAAAUUUAGUCAAAGCUAUUUCUGAAAGUCAUAAUGGUGUUCAUAGACCAUCUGUUGAUUACAUUGCUCCAGCGGUUCUCAGUGUUACACUAAUGCUAGCAUUUGUAAUAAUACAAAUGGAAAGACUAAAAGGUGUCCAGUCUUCUGCCAUUAUGUUUAUUUUCUGGUUUCUUGUAACAUUAUGUAGCACUGUGAUGUUUUAUUCUAAGAUUCUCAUCGCCAUACAAGAACCUAUUGAUGAUAUAUUAGGUUAUGUGACUUUUUAUCUAUACUACGUUAUCUUGUUGAUAGAACUAGUAUUGUCAUCCAUAUCAGAUAAUCCACCGCAUUACUCCCCCAGAGUUACUGACUUGAAUCCAUGUCCAUACAGUUCUGCAUCAUUCUUGUCAAAGGUAACAUUCUGGUGGGUUACUCGCAUUAUAGUCUUAGGCUACAAGAAACCAUUGCAACGAGAAGAUCUGUGGUCUCUGAACAAGGAGGAUGAAACCUCUCAUGUCUUUCACAAAUUUGAAAAACAAUGGAGUAAGGAAAAAUGCAG